UUCUUAGACUCUACCAGCAGCUGUGCUGUCAGGUUCAAAAAAAAUCUAUUUGGGAAAGGGCUAAGGGACUGAGCGCAGUAUAAAUCUGGACGGGUGUAUCUUGUCCUCAAAGUAACUGGCUGCAGACUGCGUAAGCCUUUAGAAGGAGGAGGAGGAGGUGACCAUCUCUGCCUGCCAAGCUGGACACUUAACUAUGGAAUGCAUUUACCUGAUUAUCCCAUGCCUAAAAAACUCUAUUAACACUACGCAGAGAAGCAUUAGUUAGCAGUGAGACAUCUCUGAAUACUACUAAGCACUUUUCCAAAAGAAGAAAACAGUUUACAGAAGCCUGUCUUGUGCGUUUUGAGUGAGAGCACGCGCGUGUGUGUGUGUUUGUUUCUUCAAUUCCCUUUUCUGUGCACAUACUUGGGGGGGGGGGGGGGAAAAGAAAUCCCAAAAAUGAUGCUGGAGAAUUACUUGUGGAUGGUGAUAGUGGGCUUUAUAAUAGCCUUUAUCCUUGCUUUCUCUGUGGGUGCGAAUGAUGUAGCCAAUUCGUUUGGUACUGCUGUGGGCUCUGGUGUUGUGACACUUCGCCAGGCCUGCAUCCUGGCUUCCAUUUUUGAAACAACCGGAUCUGUACUGCUGGGAGCAAAGGUCGGAGAAACUAUCCGGAAAGGGAUCAUAGAUGUUAACCUAUACAAUGGGAGUGAGCACGUGCUCAUGGCUGGCGAAGUCAGUGCAAUGGUUGGUUCUGCUAUCUGGCAGCUGAUUGCUUCAUUUUUAAAGCUUCCAAUAUCAGGCACUCACUGCAUAGUUGGAGCUACCAUUGGUUUCUCACUAGUUUCAUUUGGUGCUCAUAGUGUUCGAUGGAUGCAGCUCAUCAAGAUAGUUGCCUCCUGGUUCAUAUCCCCGCUUCUUUCUGGGGCCAUGUCUGGCCUACUCUUCGUCUUAAUUCGAUUCUUCAUCUUGAAAAAGGAUGAUCCAGUGCCGAAUGGCCUGCGUGCACUCCCACUGUUUUAUGCUGCUACUGUAGGGAUCAAUACCUUCUCAAUUUUAUUCACAGGAGCUCCAUUGCUAGGGUUGGACAGUCUCCCAUUCUGGGCAAUAAUAGUGAUCACCCUUGGUGGAGCGCUGCUGUGUGCAAUCAUUGUGUGGUUGUUGGUAUGCCCUUGGAUGAAGAGGAAAAUAGAAAGUAAACUAAAACAAAACGUGCUGUCCAGGAUAUCAGACGAAAGUCUUGAUAAAAGCCAAGACGAAGAGACACCAGUAUUUAAAGAGCUGCCAGGUGCGAAGGUUGGGGAUGAGUCAGUGCUGCCUCUAACAGGUGAUAUCUGUGAGGAUGCUGGAGGAGUCCCAGACAGCCAUGUUGUUGCUGGAUCAACUGGAGUUUCAAAUGGUAGAGCGGCAUCUCUCACAAAUGGCAGCCUGAAAUCCCCAUUUUCAAACGGUGCAUUUAAUUUCGAAGGGCACACGAGGAGUGAUGGUCACGUGUACCAUACCGUGCACAAAGACUCUGGCCUGUACAAAGAUCUAUUGCACAGAAUACACUUGGACAAGGUUACUGAUGACCGGCCGCAGCCUGAAAAUUCCUACAGGCUUCUCCGUCGCAACAACAGCUACACAUGUUACACCGCUGCUAUCUGCGGUAUGCCUGUCCAGCCGACUUUCAAGUCCUCUGACUUUGUGGGGACAGAAGACAGUGAGAAGCUCGUGGGUGAAAUGGCCUCCUACUCUAAGAAGCGGCUACGCUACGACAGCUAUUCCAGCUACUGCAAUGCAGUGGCUGAAGCAGAGAUUGAGGCAGAGGAAGGUGGGGUGGAGUUGAAGCUUGCCAGUGAGCUGAGUGACCCCUUACCACCACCACCACCACCACCAGAAAACGCCAUAGAUGAAGACAAAGAGGAAGAGGAAAAGCCUCAAGUCCAUCUGCUCUUUCACUUCCUGCAGAUCCUCACUGCUUGUUUUGGGUCAUUUGCACAUGGCGGAAAUGAUGUUAGCAAUGCAAUUGGUCCCCUUGUUGCUCUUUGGCUGAUCUACCAAGAAGGAGCUGUGCUGCAGAAUGCCGCUACACCAGUAUGGUUGCUGCUAUAUGGAGGCUUGGGCAUCUGUGCUGGCCUCUGGGUCUGGGGGAGGCGAGUCAUUCAAACGCUGGGCAAAGAUCUCACUCCAAUCACCCCAUCAAGUGGAUUUUGCAUUGAAGUAAUGAGUGCGCUAACUGUACUUGUAGCCUCAAAUGUGGGCAUUCCAAUAAGUUCCACUCAUUGCAAGGUUGGAUCUGUGGUGGCUGUGGGAUGGAUCCGAUCACGCAAAGCCGUGGACUGGCACUUAUUUCGUAAUAUUUUCCUGGCCUGGUUUGUGACUGUCCCAGUUUCUGGUCUCUUUAGUGCAGCUGUUAUGGCAUUGUUUGUGUAUGGAAUACUGCCAUACAUUUAAUUUUUAUGUUCAAAUUUUAUUGUGAUUUUAAACUAUUUCUAACCAGCAGUGUGAGAUGUCCUUUUUCUUCCUUUCUACCCACUUCUGCUUUGUGCCCCACCCCUACCCUCUUAAGAGGUGGUUUAUUCCUUUUUCCCUUUUUAUCCUUUUUGUCAAGAGGAAUUAAACAGCUAUAAACUAAUUUGCAUUUCAUCACAUGCUGUAAGUAACACUACAAGUGCUCACUUGGUAGCAUGUAACAGCAAAGACCUGUCACAGUGUAUCUUUGUACAAGUGAAUGAUGCUGCCCAAAUUGUGGUGUUUGUAGAAUGGAUGGUACUGCUUGGACAACUCGCUCCCUUUCAUAGACUGAUGUGUGUGUGAAGAUGCUGUAUAUAUUGUAUUAUUACACUCUAGAAAGUUUUUUUUGUAUGGAUCUGGGGGAUAAAAAGGAGAAUUUAAAAGAAAGAAAUAUAUAUAUAUAUAUAAUGCCAUGGUUUACCAAAAUCAUCCUUCUGAUGCAAAACGAGGUAUAAAAACCCCUACCCUUGAGUAAUUCAAGUUAUUUUUUAAAUUGAGGCACUGUUACUUGUAACAGGGCCUAGUCCCAAUUUGCCCUGCGUGCUACAAACACCAUAAUGCGAAUCGAGAAAGGUUCAUUGUAUUGGGUUUCAUUGAAACUUGAUGUUAUAAUUAUAAAUUUGACACUUGUAUUAUAUUGUAAUUUCUAUUGUAAAUACUUUCUAAAAAGAUCUAGGUUUUGUGUUUCUUUUUAAAUGGGGACACAUUUCACUCACUCAUUUUAGACUUUUAAAAAAAAAAAGUGAAUGUACCAAAGAUUCAAGAAUAAAGAUUUGACAGUGUUUCCACUUUU